AUUCUUAAACCCCUUUUUGACAACUACGUGUCACUGUGGGUGAGUUUGAGUCAAAACCUCUGUCAAAUGUCCACAAAUGACCCAUCUGGUAGCAACACCCCUACAACCGAAUUUGCCACUUUUGAAAUGGCAAUUUCGGCCACAAAAUUCGGAAAAUUUCACUUGUGCCUCUUCCUCCUCCUUCUUCCUGGAUCUUGGACAAGCACUUUUGAAGUGACUUCAAUGUCGUAUGUAUUUCCAGCCGCUGAAUGCGAUCUAAAUCUUACAAUUCAUGACAAAGGGCAUCUAAACGGAGGCGCCUAUUGCGGAAUGAUAGUGGGUGCGUUAUUGUGGGGUUUUCUGUCGGAUACUUUAGGCAGAAAGCAUGUUUUGGUUCUAACAUAUUUGGUGGAUUCGGUCAUGGUCGUAAUAAGUGGGUUUUCGCAAAGUUUGGCCAUGCUUUUGUCGGUUAAGUUUUUGGGAGGGUUUUUCGCGAGUGGAACAUACACUGGUUUCACAACCUAUAUUUUGGAAUUUUAUCCCACAAAGUACCGAUCAAAAGUACAAAUGCUGCGAGGGAUUGUUGUAAGUUUGGGAACUGUGGUUUUGCCAAUUCUUGGAUGGAUUAUCAUGCCGCUAGACAUAGAACUCGAUCACCGCAACGUUUUUGUUUUUCAUUCAUGGAAUAUUUUUCUGUUUGCUUGUGCGCUUCCGUCGUUUAUAAGUGGGGUGAUAUUUAUUUUCAUGCCUGAAAGUCCGAAAUUUCUGAUGACUGUUGGUCGCAAUAAAGCUGCGCUUGUGAUUUUUCAAAGAAUAUACAGUCUUAAUACUGGUAAAACCAAAGAAGAAUUUCCAAUUAAAAGUUUAGUCGAAGAAACGAUGGAAGGAAAUGAAGAAAGGAAACACGGUGGUUUUGUCACAGCUAACAGGACCAAAAAGCAAGCUUUAAGAGAGGGUUUUCAACAAGUGAAACCAGUGUGUCACCCUCCCCACCUCAAAUAUUUAAUUCUAGUCUGUACAAUUCAGUUUUUAAACAUGUUUAGCAUGCAGUCUAUUCGUCUUUGGUUGCCUCAAAUUUUUCAGUCGAUUAGUGACUACAAACGACAAAACAAUGGCACUACUGCAAGUCUUUGUACGACGUUGAAGUUGAUAAAUCCACCACAAUCAACAAAGUGCCAAUUUAACGUUUCCUCAUCGGUUUAUUUUAACACAAUGAUAAUUGCCAGUGUUUCAAUCACAAACUACAUAUUUGUGGUAUUAUUGAUUAAUAAACUAGGCAAGAAAGUUUUAAUAUUUGGUUCGUGCCUUUUGGGCGGAAUUUGUGCCUCAUCCCUUUAUUUUGCUCAAACUACAACUGCAGUGUUAAUUUUAGCAUCACUUUUUAUAUCAAUGGGAGGCAUUUCCCUCAACGCUGUCACUGCUGUGACUGCCGAUUUGUUUCCAACAACUUUGAGAUCGGUUACUAUUUCCUUUACUAUGGUCUCAGGACGGUUGGCUGCAACGCUCGGUAAUGUCAUAUUCCCAUUUCUACUCAAAGCUGGUUGCGCUCCACCAUUUUUCGUUGUUGGAUCUUUAAUUAUUGUUGGUUCAGGACUGAGCAUUUUGCUGCCCAACACCGAACUAAAAGCACUGCAGUAAUUAUUUAUUUGUGUAUUUAAUAGUAAGUGAAUAAAACGCUUGAUACGUUGAAGAAAAUUCCAUUCCUGCAAUAAUUUCGUCGCCUUUCGUCAUAUCACACAAAUUAGUUUUGUUUAAACGCUCAAAUGCGUCACUGUUGUG